AGCAUGGAUAAUUCACUACGUGUGGAGCGCUCGUGUCAUUACUGCCAAUAAACACAGGAUCGUGCGCUGCAUCACUUGCAAGUGUACAAAGCAAGAUGUCGACAAACAGGGAGCCAUUGCAGCAACAUGUAACGAAACCUGCUCAAGUGAAAUAUUCAAAGCCAGACGUGGAGAAACGACGAAGAGCAAGGAUGAACGCAAGUCUGGACGAGCUGAGAAAUUUGCUUUUGUCGACAUUGAAGAUGGAGGGAUCUCGUCAUUCUAAGCUAGAGAAAGCUGAUAUUUUAGAAAUGACCGUUGAACAUCUUCGUUCAAUUCAACGCCAAAGGAUGUCAGCCCUGCCGCCGAGUCAGGAGAAUCUCAUCCAACGGUACCGCCAGGGAUACAACGAAUGUGCCGCAGAAGUGACGCGCUACUUGAUGUCGUGCCCUGACAUGGACUCAGCAGUGCGUUUGCGCAUCCUUGCCCAUUUGGAAGUGCGAUGUCGCAGCACCAACCAAUUGUUGCAACUCAAGAGUGAGGCAGCUAGCAAAGCACGCGCCCACCAGUUGCCGUAUCCUUUACCCGUGUCAUCAACACAUGGGAAUCACUACAAUUCCGAGCGCGUGUCUCGCACGACUCUCUGCUCUCCACCAAAUGAAGUGAAAACGUCUGAUGGUUGGCAGCCCAGUUCUAACCAACGAGUCUAUGGUCCUGUCAAUCUGUCGUUUCAAAGCUCAGGAGCUUUUGGUAGCCCAUUUUGCGAUCAAACCUCCACUCUAAUACCUGCAUUUAGAUCCUCUAGCGAUACUCAUCAGUCACAAUCUCAGUCAGCCAGACACACACAACCAGAAAUGCAGUCUGCCAAGACGGAAGUUCUACCUUGGAUUCCCAUGACACCUCCAGAGUCUGCAACAACAUUCGCUCUAACGCCUUAUGGACACUUUUCACCAACAGGCUUUCCAAAGGGUAUCUUGCAGGGUGACGAAGUGUGGAGGCCUUGGUAGACUACUGUGUAGGUGGAGGGAGACAAGCCAUGGCCCUUGCUAGACUCUGACAUCAGAGUGUUUUGGACACCACUAAAUGUUAUGUUUCAAGUUGAGUAUGAAGAGGAUUUCUGCUUUUAAUGGCAUCUGUUUAGAUUGCUACUGUAUUUUGACAGCCUGCGGCUUCAGCAGGCAAUAUUGACAUACACAACAAAGAAACAAAUACAUAAAAGCGUCUCACUUUUCAUUAGA